UUUCAAUAAAUUCUUGUGAAAAAUGUGCAGAAACAGAAAAUUUUAAAGAAAUUUGGGACCGCGAAGUGAAGAAAAGAUAAAAUUUUUUGGAAAAAGUGUGAAAAAAAGAUAAAAAUUGAAGAAAAUGUUGGAGUACGGUGAAAGUAUUGAGAAAUAUGACGUCGAUUGGAACAGACCUCUUGGAAAAGGCGGAUUUGCUACUGUUUACAAAGCGCGAUGCAAAAAUACCUCAAAUUACGUGGCAAUUAAGAUGAUCGACAAAGAGAAGAUGCACAAGUCAGGAAUGGCAAAUCGCGUUCGUCAAGAAGUCACAAUCCACUCGCAGUUGAAGCAUCCGUCGAUUUUGGAGCUCCUCACGUUCUUCGAAGACGUCAAUUUCGUGUAUCUCGUGCUCGAACUCGCGCACAACGGCGAAUUGCAUCGCUAUUUGCGCGAUCACAAGAAGACAAUGAGCGAAACGGAAGCUGCGACGAUCCUGAAACAAGUUGUCGAUGGCUUACUUUACCUCCAUUCGCAUCGAAUCGUGCAUCGGGACAUUUCGCUGUCGAAUUUGCUCCUUACCGCUGAUAUGAAAGUCAAAAUUGCCGAUUUUGGACUUGCGACACUCGAUCAACCGGGCGAGAAACACAUGACAUUGUGCGGUACACCGAAUUAUAUUUCGCCGGAAGUUGCGUCGCGAUCAUCGCCUCAUGGGUUCGCGGUAGAUGUUUGGGGAUUGGGAUGCUUGUUGUACACGUUGCUCGUCGGAAAGCCGCCUUUUGACACGGAUGCUGUCAAAUCGACGUUGGCGAGGGUUGUUAAUGUGGAUUUUACGAUACCAUCGUUCGUCUCUUAUGAAGCAAGAGACUUGAUUGAACGAUUUUUGCGGAAAAAUCCGAGAGAAAGAAUCAAGUUGGAAGAAGUACUUUCACAUCCUUUUAUGUUAAAGUCUCAUAAAAGUGCAUAUUCCAAAUAUAAUAACACGCUGGCGUCAUCUGAUAGCGGAAUGUUGACGAUGUCAACGAAUACUUCUUCACAAAACCACUCCCGUCAAACGUUCAACCGAAGCACUGUUCCUCGCAACCGUUCCGAGGAACGUUUCCAUCCCUUGCCAGCGAUGCAAGAAGCUCCUCCGUACUCCUAUGGCACUCCUUGCAGCGACUAUUCAUCAUACCACGAACCGAAUCCCGUUCAAACGUCGGAUGCCAUGUUGAGCAGUUUACACAACAACCAAGUUCUCAUCCAAAAAUUCAACAGUCUCGAAGUAGAUCGCGGCAAAGAGAACGGAAUAACCGCCGGAAUUCGCAAAACCAACUCAGUAACGAGCUCCAACAGCAGCGAUUCGUACAAAACGCACGAAACAAAUCCCUUUCAACGUCCCGCCUUGCUCGAGAAUCAAAAUUCAAACGUUCGCUCGAAUUUUAAUUCGCCCGUUUUGUCGUCUCCGCUUCUCACAAGUACUCCGCAAGCCCCUCAAACGACUGUCGAUGAUGUCCCGAAGAAAAAUCCCACGCCUCCGUUCAACACGACGCGUCUCCUGCCCACGCGACACAAAACGAAAAGCGUUAUUUUGAGUAUUUUGGAGUCGGGAGAGGUAACUGUCGAAUUUAUCAAGCACAAAGCUCGUUACAAGGAAGAUCGUGUCGUUGAAGUGCUUCGAAUAUCAAAAGAUGGGCUGAAAAUUGUGUAUUACGUGCCGAAUAACGGACAAGGAACGCCAAUUUUGGAUGAACCGCCUUCAAUUCCGCGAAAUGGGCCCGAUGCUGUGUACAAUUACGAUAAUUUACCCGCGAAAUAUUGGAAAAAAUAUUCGUACGGAGCGAAAUUUGCGGCAAUGGUUCGUGCAAAAACACUUAAAGUGUCGUAUUUCAGUCCGCAGUGCAAAUUUCAAGUAAUGGAAACACUCGAAGAUUUCGAUUCGUUCUUCUAUAACGGGAUCCGGGUGACAAAAUCCGCCAUUGAUGGCGUCAAAUUACUCGAUAGCGAUAACAGAGUGCUUUUUAACUCCGUGGAGAACAUUUGCGCGAGUCAAUAUCAGGAUUUGUGGGAGCAUUUCAACGAAUGCAUGGAACAUUGUCUCAGUAUGGAAGCAAUUUUAUCGCGAAUGGAGACGACAGGUACUUGUUUCCCGAUAAUCGUUGGAAGAAAACCUCCGUCGAGCGGUUCAGGGGGGAUUUUAAGCUCAAUGCCUUCGAUUAACAGAAAUUUCGCGGAUACCCCAAAGACUUCUGUUCACGCCGCAUCACUCGAUCCCUAUAAAACUCCCGGAAAUCCGUUGCCACGAACCUCGUCGAUGCAAAUUCCCUCCGCUUAUGCACAAAAAAACAUCAUAAUUCGUACUGUGAACAUCCCGGGCAUCGGAACAGCGUCGCAAUAUGCGCAGGGAGUGGUGCAAGUCGAUUACGAAGAUGGCGCGAAAUUGUCGGUAAUUCCGCCGGAGCAAGGAGAUGGAGUGACGUACGUCAAAUAUGGCUGCAUGCCGAAACAUUAUUCGAAAAAUGAUCAGUUGCCGGAUGAGGUACGCACGAAAUUGUUGAAAUUUCAAAGUGUUGUGCUCAAACACCUCAUGGAGUCACCAAUUAUCGCAGGACAAUCAACAGUGCCUAUGCAGAGAUCUUCGUCGAUGCGAUAUCUGAGAUAGUACGUUGAGCUCUAAAAGACAAAGUUUGUAAAUAAUUGUAACAAAAAUUUUAGGAAAUGACAUAUUUAGCUACAAAAAUUAUAUUUUUUAAUUAAAAAACAACGAAAAUAGAGAAAAUAUAUUUUAGCU